UCCUGCCGUGCUCCCUACUCGCCGGUCGUCGUCAGUUACGCGACGAACGUAAUAAGUGUCGCAUCUGUUUAUUUACCGCAACUCCGUUAAAAUGUGACUUUCGUUUUAUAAAGUGGAAAUAAAUAGUAGUUAUAUUACUGUGAAGUGGCGUUAACAUUUUUGAAUUUUGUUUUACAGUGGAUUUCUAUGUUAAAUAGAAUUAAUAUUAUAGUGAGUGCAAGUGACCAUUAAUAACAAACCAAAAUUUACCUUAAGUUUUAAUACAAAGUGAUAAAAGUGAUUAGUUGACUGUUAAUUUUUCUUCAAACUAAGCCAAAGGAAUUCAUAAUCAUGGAUCGAGGAGGUUAUGCAGCAGAAGGCGCCCGGGGUGCCUAGCAACAUAAAACUCGAACAUUCACAAUCAAUACCGGCCCACGUAUCGCGCACGAAGAACUUUACGGCUAAUUUCUUUAAGACUACUUUUAGCUAUCGGAGCAAGGCGGUAACGCCUUCGUCUUCAAAUACAGUCGAGAAAACUAUCAAAAUAGGCAGCGCGGAGACUAAGCCUGUGACUAGAAACAGGCCGAGGACAGUACCGUUAGCGGAUUCGACUAAUAAGCCAAAGUUAAAAAGAACCGUAGAUCGAACCAAGUCGGCGGGUUUGCAAAUCGAUAAAUUACCUGCCGAACCUGAACGACCGCACAGGAGUAAACCUGCAACUCCAACGACCCCCGAUCCAGGUGGCCUUAAACCCACCAAAGAGAAUGCUAAAAAGACAGACUCAAAGAGCUCCAAUGUCAUUCUGCAAAUUGUGAAAAAAUCGGCCAAAUCACCUGCACCAAAGCUUCCCGACACCAUCUUACCGCCGACCCUGAAACCUAAGACCGAUAAAAACUUGAAACUAACUAAAAAUAUAAAUAAUAAUGAUGUCUGGACAAAUCCUAACGUCAACGUCACUCUGCGAAGACCACCUCCUUCACCAGUAAGAGGGCCAAGUCAGGGGAAGCAGGAGUCCACGUUAAAAGGGGCUCCGUCAGUAUCGAGUCUCGAUUCAAAGCACCACAAAGUCGCACCAGCUCGCGACAAGACACUGAAGAUCUUUGGGUCCAAAGAGAAAUUACAUAAAGCACACAAGAAGAAGGAUUUAGGGAAUAAUAAUGCUGUGUUAGAAGACCCUGAGUUAAGAGAGGGUUUGGAGUAUGAAGAUGGACAAGUCGGGGUCCAUGAUUACGGUAGCGCUGAGGAGCUGGGGUCGGUAGGCGGGCGAGGCUCGCAGGAGUGCGUCAGUCUGCCCGUCACUCUGAAUGCCGAUCACAUGCCCGGCUUCCAGGAAGUGGAGCUCAGGCCUAGAGUACCAUCUGAGGCAUCGUUGGCAUCAGGAGUCCGGGAAAUUGAAUCGUUGAGGAGAGAACUGGAAGCUACCGUAAUGGAGAGAGCACAGCUACAGGCCAGGGUUGAGGAGUUACUGGAGAAGGUGACUGAAGCUGAACGGCUUCGAGGAGAGCUGGAGAGGCUGAAGAAUAUGGACGCGGAACGCGAGGCAGCGCUGGAGCGUCUCGCGGACGAGAACGGCGCGUUGCGCGCGCGGCUGCGCGGCGUGGCGCACUCGCCGCUCUCCGACAGCGAGAAGCGACAGCUGCUGCUCGCGCCCGCGCCGCGCCGCAUGCACUCCUCCGCGCCCGCCUCCAUCGCACUCGCCAAUGGUGAAGGUGACAGCGGCGAGGCGAGUACUCCGGAAUGGGACAAGCACUCGUCCUCGUCCCUCAGCGAGGUGUCGGUCGCCUGCCUGCAGGACCGCAUCUUGCAGAUGGAGGAACACCACUACAGUACAAGCGAAGAGCUCCAAGCGACACUAGCCGAGCUAGCGGAUCUCCAGACCCAGCUGGCGGAUGCUCACGCGGACAACGAGCGCCUGGCGGACGAGAAACAAGUCCUGCUGGAGUCGCUGUGUCGGCAGACUGAGAAACUAGAGGACAGUCGCACUAAGGUGGACACCUUGCAAGAGCUCCUAAUGCGUGAGGGUGUGGAACCAGAGACCCUGGUAUCUGGAGACACCGACCAACAACUCUUCGCUGUUCUCAAGCUAUCUCAAGAAGAACGCAGGCAUCUACUAACGAAGCAAGAACAGCUGGAAGCAGAACUGAACCAAACCAAGGCAGCUCUGGAAGAGAAGACCAAAGAAAAUGAAACUCUCGCUGAGAGGAUACGUGUACUAGAGAGUAGCGUGGAGCGCGCGGAGUCGGAGCGGUCGCGGUGCGAGCUGGAGCUGGACUCCGCCGCCGAGCUGGCCGCCACCAGGCAGCACCAGAUCGCCACGCUCACCGACCUGCUCGAUGCUGCUAAAGCCAAGUUAGAAGAGCGUGCGGGUGUAGCGGAAGGCGCGGCAGAAGCCGAGGCGGCGGCGGCCGCAGCACGGCGGGACGCGGACGCGGCCGCGGCGCGGGCGCUCGCACUAGCGGAGCGACUCGCACAUGCGCAGCGACAGCUCGACCGCGCGCAUUCUGAUGCCAGGAAGAUGCAUGAUGAUGCAUUGGUAUCUCGAAACAACGCAAAGUCAACAAUAUCGGAGCUGGAGUUCCAGAUAGAACAGCUGCGCCAGGAGAAGACCGCCAUGCAGGGGGAGAUGAAGACCUUGCAGGACAACGCAGAGGAACUGCAGAUACAGGUGCAAGUAGCAUCAGACGAGAAGCUAGCGUUAAUGAGCAGAGCGGGCGAGGCGCUGGCCAGGGUGGCCGACUUGGAGAGACAACUACAGGACGCACGGGCCAGGAAUGUACAGCUCACCAGGGAUCGGGAGAGAGAUGAAGCAGAAUGGAAACAAUUCCAAAGCGACCUUCUAAUGACGGUGCGCGUCGCAAACGACUUCAAAACUGAAGCGCAAAGGGAGUUAGAACGAUUGGUCUCCGAAAACAAAGUGGCAAGGGACAGGAUACGACUCCUGGAAGACCAGAUGCAUUCUCUCAAAGGUGUUGACAGAUCCGAAUCUAUGGAUAGCAUAUACUCAGAUGACAAUAUAUUAGAUACAAAGGAAUCUGAUACAUGCGAGUCUCCAUCGAGCGACGACUUAAGUCCAUCUAAAGACGUGUUCAAGAGUAUAAGAACUAGAUACCUGUCGAGAGUGCACAGCGUCACCGACCCUCCGGCCAAGGACCCAAGCUUAGUAGAACAAGCAUUCUUCAGAUCCAAUAAUGCUCCCGAAACGAACACUGAUAUGAACGAUCUCUUGAAAGACAAUUUCAAAAUAGAAAUUGAGAACGUCACUGUAGAUGAGACGAAUGAUGACGAUAGUCCAAAAUCUUCGACAGAAGAGUAUCCGAGUAAAGUGUUAGCCGAGGCUGUCUUACCUCCUUUCAAAGAUAAGGAGUUGAAAAGACAAAAUGCUGUCGACCAAUGCGAUACAACGGACAGUGCUCCAGCUGUAACAGAACUUGCUGAGAAUCUAAUCGAUCUGAAUUCUAGUUUUAGGUUAGUUAAAUCAGAUUCUAGUUAUGUACCCAAACCCAAAGUGCGCACUAUAUUUAGUAAAAACCUAUCCGGAACCUUCAAUGGCAAGCCAAAGUCCUACAGUUUGGAUAGUUUGAAUACUAACGAAGAGUACCAAGAAGCUUUAAAUGAGGCUACUAGUGUAGAUCUACUAACUGCUAACACUGAAAGUGAUACUUCUCUAUUUUCGGAAAGUACUGAUAGUGUUUUCCUUCCUCCAGUAGAGAAAAAUAAUAAUAAAGUAGAUUUAAAAAUUGAGGCUAAUAAUAAUGAAGUAAGUAAAGAAUUAACUGUAGUUAAAGCCGAAGAAAUCCUCCCAUUUCCAUACCCUGAUGAUAUUAAGAAAGAACCCGCAGUUGAUUUAAUCGAGCCCAAAAAGGUAUUAAGAGAUGUAUCCAUUGAUGAUAAUGUUGAGAAACAACUGCAAAUGGUCAAUGAAGAAUUGAAACUCACAUUCAAGGCUGCGAUAGAGAGAAUAAUUGGAAACAACAGAAUGAAAAAAGCUUCAAGUCCAGACAGUUUUAAAGAUGAUGAAAAGCAAACUUCAUCUGAAGUUGACCCUAUUACCAAAGAUGAAAUAGACAAUACAAAUAACACUAGAAACACAUCUUUGUCUAACGUUCCUAAAGUUUUAAUAAGUGAUGUUGACUCAGAACCAAAUACUGAAGUUACCAAAGAAAAUAACAAUAUAGUUACCACUGAUGUAAAUACUUCUAGUCCGAAAGACGAAACAAGCAAACUUUUAACUGAAACUGUUAAUGAUUCCGUUCCUGAAGAACCUAAAUCUGAAGUUCCUAUAGAUGAUAAUGUUAGUUAUCACUUAAAAAUAAAUACUGCAGACUUAGGUGAUGAUGUACCAAAGAUAGAAACAACUCCAAAUAAUAAUAACUCUAACAAUAGGCCUGGUCCUACGUUUAAAACUUUCUUAGCGCCUCUUAAAAUAGGUAAAGGAAAUGUAGCACCAACAGCGCCUAUUAUAAUAAGUCCAGUGCUAAUACAACCAGUGUUUUUAAAACCUCUUGCUCCUAAGGAAGUUCCAGUAGCACCCAAACAAGAAACCAAAAAGGGUACUCUUUAUUACAGCGAUAUUGAUCAAGUUGCUAAUGACAGCAAAAAUGAAAGCCAAAUACUUGAAGAAAAAGGUCCCGAGGACGGCACUAAGAGAAAGGGUCUUUAUCAAAAAAAUACUAAAGCUAAACAGUUGCCUUUCUUAUCGUGGAAAAAUUUCGGAUCAAACGAAAGCUUGACAGAAAGUAAAAAUGUAAACAAGCCUCUGGAAAUUUCGAAGACUCCAAAUACCUUUUCUAGAACUCCCAUAGUUCCUAUAGAGCCUCCAAAAACGGUCGGCGUUGUGCCAAAAGUUUCCACGAAACCUCCAGAAGUUAAAGCAACUGUUGGCAAGUUAUCAAAGAGCCCGCAGUGGUUGAUUGACAAUAAAUAUUACCAACCUGUGGAGAAUGUCCCAUUCGUUAUAAAUUCCACACCAACUAUUGUACCAAAGCCUGUAGAGACUAAGAAAGAAGAAGCAAGUGUUGCUCCCAGUAAUCCAUUUCAAUCUCAAGAAAGGGGAUAUUCAGAGCAAGAAAAUGUUUACGAAGAAAUAGGACCAGUGAUCUCAGAGGUGAUAGCCAAAGAUAAGAAUAUAGCGGACGAUGAGAAGAUAUCGAACAAACACCAGUCGUUAACAGAUGAGUUUGCUUCAGUUACUAGAGAAGAGGUGCUAAAAGUACCCAGACGUAUCAAAAAGCCUAGAAAAGACGAUAGGUUUGCAAGAUCUAAAUCGUUAGACUUUUUAGACAACACAGAGGAAACGAAAGAAACAGCAAGGGUAACCAAAUCAAUGCUACCAUUAUCGAAAGCGCCCAGCGCGAAAGAUAUACCAAUAAAAACUGGGUCUAUUGUGGAAAUAGUGCAAAGUUUGGAGAAGAAACCUCCGCCAUCGGAUACAGUAAAAGAAGUAGGUCCGAGGAAACUGUCCCUGCAGCAUCCAACUACUCCGAGCAUAGAACCGAACACUGGUUCCUUGCCACGAGAUAAGCCAUACUGGAGGACGUUGGAGCACAAACGAUUGUCGCACCCACUAAGAUCAUUGAAAGAUCCCCCGCCUCGCAGACCUCUACCUAUACCACCGCGCACUGAGGAGACGCCCCCGCCACCGCCGCUGUUGACCAGCGCGUCGCUGCAGGAUAUCAUGGCCACUGCUGCUUCACACAGGAGGACUAAAGGUGUAAGUCGCCAAGACUCCAGACUGUCAGUCAAGUCUCUAAUCGAGAGUAUAGAAAACGCGGCGAAGGCAGCCAAGCAGUCGCCUGCAACCACCCCUGUAGGAGAGUGGCCACAGCAAACGACAGUAGGCGUAACAACGACCACAUCAACAUCUAUAAAGAAUGGCAUAGCGGACUCCACGGCGCCUACAAACGGCAUGACUGGUACCACCUUCUCAAGUAAACCGCCAGCGGCCCGGGGCGCUCGACCCUCACCCAUUGUUAACGAGGCUGGCGCAGCGCAAUCCAACAUCCCGGACGAGCAGCGCGCCCUCCACUCGCUGCAGCAGAAAGCCAUCGAGUCGUUCGUGCGACGGAACAGCUAUGGAGAUAUAUGUGAAAGAAAAGAUCCAUUGAAUGCGCUGCAAGUGAAGAACGGCGGGUCCAAACGCAACGCUCUGCUCAAGUGGUGCCAACAGAAGACGCUGGGAUACAACAACAUUGAUAUUACUAAUUUUAGUUCAUCGUGGAACGACGGCAUGGCCCUGUGUGCUCUACUGCACUCGUACCUGGGUGACAGUCGCAUCUGCUACUCCUCGCUGUCUCCACACGACAAGCGAACCAAUUUCUCCGUAGCAUUCGCCGCUGCAGAGUCCGUGGGGAUACCUACCACGCUGAACAUUCAAGAUAUGAUCCAACAAGAGAGGCCGGACUGGCAGCAAGUCAUGGCGUACGUCACCAGCAUUUACAAACACUUUGAAACGUAAACCGUAUUACAAUACACAUAGAGAACAAUUUACAUCAUCUAGACACAUAGUAUUAUGAAUUUAAAUGAUAUUCCAUUUUUAUCGAGGGCCCAUACUUGCGCUAAAGUUUGCGCAGUUUUGCGCAACGGCUUUACUGUUUGCGCAAACUUGAUAAAAUAUUCUAUAUUUCUUUUAGAUUGAAACGUAUAUAUUUGAUCUUUAUUAUAAACAUUUUAAAGGAAUAAUUACCAAGAUAUAACGAAUAUUAAUGCCUUUUUAAAAGUAGCCUUAUGUAAUACGAUAAAACUUGCAUUAGAUAUAUUAUGUAUGAAUUAAAAUAAACUUCGGAACAAAAUUAGAACAAUGCAAGUAGUUAUUAUAUACUUAAAAAUAUAUAUUUGGGUAAAAAAGGCUACAUUUAUAUAAGCCUCGUAUGUUGUGUGCAAGCUAAAUUGUAUCGAAAUAUAGGUUGUAAUUAACAUUCCUAAAGAAAACUGAAUAUUUUUGGACUGUAUUGAAAAAAAGGAUAGUAAGGUAGAUACGAAAACCUAGUAGAAAGCUAGCAGUUAUGUGAUUUAAUGCGAUAUUGAACCUUAAUCUUGUAAUCAUAGAGUUUUAUUUCAUUCACAUUUUGUACGCCUGAAUUUUUAAUUAGAUUGGUCACGUAACUUUUCGAGCGCGCUCGAUUAGUUUCAAGCCGCAACCGGGGCUCAAAAACACGAGCAGCAUGCGUGGUGAACGACGUCACGCGUUACAUAUAACAGUUACCUGGCUAAACCAUACAAUUUAAAGUCUUUUUGCAUUUGCAAUAGGGUUCAAUAUCGCACAAAAUCGCAAUAAGCUAAAAAGAGUGUGAUACAAGUACUAUAAUGCCUUGUUUUGGCCUUACGGGUUGUAGCCGUCUUUCCAAUAUGAAGACUGAUACGCUAAUGUUAGGAUGGAACCAUCUUUAGUGAGGAAUACGACCAGAUAACUUUAACAUUUUAAUGAAAUGUGUAGAAAUAUUACAAGAUAUGGGAUAAUUAAUGUUUUCCAAAAGAAAUUAGAGACAUUUACUGUCUAUUUUUGAAGGGAAACACAUUAUGUGUUUCAGUGCUUAGACGUUUUCAAAUAAUUUCCAAUAUCACAUGUUUAUUCGAUGUAUUAAGUAGUUGUUUGUCAUCAAUCCGUAUUAACUCAUACCUUAACCUACAUUACAAUAAAAAUCCAGUUCAUUUGUAUUCAUAGACAUUAUUAAAUAACCUAUUUAAAUACAAGUAAUUUGACGCGAUAUAAAACCAUAUUAAACCAUUAAUAGAUACUUUUGAAAUGCUAUAACUCUAAAUGCAAUCAAAAAAGCCUUUUCUAUUUUAAAUGGUAGCCAAAAUGCAUUAUCAUUAAUCUUAGUAAAUUGGUCUCAUUAUACUUAAAUACGCUGUUUAAAAUAAAAUUGGUAUUUUUGAACAAUGCUUUAUAAAAAAAAUAAUAACCUUAACUUAUUUAUGGCUCUUAGAUUCAGCCUACCUAAAGGGCUUAUACUCAAAUAAAUAAAAAGUAGACAAUUAUAUUUAUACAUAUUUAAAAUAUUAAAUCGCGUCGUUACCCAUUUUGCCUUGAACGUAUUUCUUCUCCAAUUUAUAUUAAAAAAUCAUAUAAAAAUGGCAUUUUAAUAAAAUAAUAGUAUGUGAUUAGGCUUUCGACCAAUGUAACUUUAUUCUUGUAAAUUAAGACCUAAGUACUUGCCUUUUUGCCUAAAGCAAAAUAGCAUUAUUAUUGGAAUUGAAUGUAAUGGUGUUGAUUUUGUACGAAGCUACUAAAUGAUAAAUUAUAUUUAUUUUUGCAAGUUGGUUAUAAGAUAACACUUUUACACGUCAAUCGUUGAAAUAACUAGAUGAGACUGGCAUUUCCUAUCGGACUACUCUGAGAAGAAAUGCCGAAACAAACUCAGAGGAUAAAGGAUAAUGUGAGAGAAUACUACCACUAUACUAUUAAUUUCAUAUUAUAUUUCCGUUGUUUUAUUGUCUUUAUAACAAAAAGAUACAUAUUAAUUUAGUAAUUUUACCUUUUUUAAAAAAAAGUUACGUCAGUGUCAAUUGUGACAGCUGUCAGAUUUGAAUGGAUUCCCUCUAUUUCUUUUUUGGAAAAAUAAAUGAACUGGCUUCUUACACAAUCGGCAUCAAAUAAUAAUUACUUACCAUAUUUAUAUUUACUAAUCAUUUUAUUUAUGUAACUUAUUAUGUAACGGCAUUUAAUUAUUUUGUGAACGCGGUAAAGUUAUCAACCAAUAGACGUUAAGCGUUGUACGCAUUCUCAAUCGCUAUUGGUCGCUGCUUACGCGAUUUUCUGAUUGGUUUUUAAAGAUUGUGAUUACAUUGUUUACGCUCUGGAUUUACUUUUAUAUCUAGUCCAAAACUUUGGGUAGAAAAUAACUUAUUAAAGUUUCGUGAGGUUUACCUUUUUGCUCAUCAGAGGGCGGUCUUGUAGCGUGAGGUCUCUUUGUCCAAUUACUGUAGCUUUCAAAAAUUAAGUGUAGAAUGGUUUUGGUUGAUUCUCCUCCUCAAGCUAAAAAAGCAGACCUCAAGCUACAUUAACGACAUCUGGUGAUAAAAAAUGGUGGUCCUUAUUUGUAAUGUCCAACAAAUCCAGUAAUCAAUAAAUCGAGACGUAUUUUAUAGUAAAUUAUUAUAGCAUUUGAUUUUGUGAGGUUGUACCUAUGUUUGGCUGAAUGUUUUAUAAACUUGUGUAUGUGUUGCCACAGCUAAAUAUUCCGGUGUUGUCAUACACACAUUGUAGUACUUUAUAUUAAACGAUAUAUUCGACUAUGUUAUUAUUAACUAUAGUAAAUAUUUAUUUGAGGCUGUUUUGUCCGUGUGUGUAUGAUCAGACACAGUUGAUAUUAGUUUUUAAACUACUUUGUAAUAUGCUGGCCUGUAUUUCGUGGCACGGAGUGUAAAAAUCCAUCUUUCAAUAAUAAGUAAACAUUAUUUUCUUCGUCUAACUGCCGUACUCAGAGUUAUUUAAUGGUUACUUAACCCAGUCCUUAGCAAUUGUUUUCGUUACAAAAUCGUUACUAAGGAAUAGUUUAAGUAAUCAUUAAAUGUCUCUGAGUGUGGCAGCAAAUGGUAUUAUUAAUAUUUUGACAGAACUGUACACUUGGUGCCACAAAAAAUGGGCCAUUUGUUUAGAUAUAAUUUGUGUAACAUGCUGUGUUACAAUUCUGACUCGGUUGUUGAUGCUUAGUAGUUUAAUUACCUAUUACAUAUUUUGAGAUAAUUGUAUUUUUGUAAAUAUAGCUUUUAAAUAAAGUUCCUGAUUUAUUAUA